UGAACGAUUUGGUCGCUUUACUGUUAGCUAGUUAGCUGUUUACAAUAUUAACAAUAUGGCAAUUAUGACGAACUGAUCGACGUUUUAAUGCUUUUAUCGAGUGUUAUGACUUAACCUGAGAUGCGCUUUUGGCAGCUUUUGACCACAAUGAAGUCUUGUUAUUUGUAAACAUACAAACACCUGAAGAAUAUUCAAGAUUAAAAGGCAACCCGAGGAGAAAACUGUCAAUGGUCAUCAUUACAAACUCGUUUUGAGUGAGAGGAGAUCGAUAUGGCGCUGAGAGAGUUAAAAGUUUGUCUCCUGGGGGACACCGGCGUUGGAAAGUCAAGUAUUGUUUGGAGAUUUGUGGAGGACAGCUUUGACCCAAACAUCAACCCAACAAUUGGGGCAUCCUUCAUGACCAAGACAGUGCAAUACCAGAACGAGCUGCACAAGUUUUUGAUCUGGGACACGGCAGGACAGGAGCGGUUUCGUGCUCUGGCACCAAUGUACUACAGAGGGUCAGCGGCGGCUAUCAUUGUUUAUGACAUCACAAAAGAGGAGUCCUUCCAAACACUGAAGAACUGGGUAAAGGAGCUGCGCCAGCAUGGUCCUCCUAAUAUAGUGGUCGCCAUCGCUGGAAACAAAUGUGACCUUUCAGAUGCCAGGGAAGUGUCAGAGAAGGAUGCCAAGGACUACGCUGACUCCAUCCAUGCCAUCUUUGUAGAAACCAGCGCCAAGAAUGCCAUUAACAUCAAUGAGGUGUUUAUAGAGAUAAGUAAGCGUAUCCCUGUUGCUGACGCAGCAGGAGGAACUUCAGGAAAAGGUUUCAAACUGGGACGUCAGGCCUCAGAGUCUCGCAGGACGUGCUGCUGAUGAUGCCGGUGACUGUCCUCACAUGACCUGUGACCUGACCUUUGCUCACCCUCUGUGUCCCUGGCCUGGUUAAGCUUACAGCCACCACACACACCCUCAAACACCCAACCGACACGGAUACCGAGGUGAAGCAGUUCCACUCUGACGACCAUAGCAAAUGCAUUUUUGCGGCACUCAGCUACAGCAAAUUGUCAUAUAUCAUCUGAACAUUUCUGGCAGGAGAAGUACUUCAAGUUUACUGAGCGUCGACAAAAAUGUCUGCAUUGAAACUUUAACAUGUAAGUGAAAGACCCUCAUACACAUAAUGCUAUGAGCUUCUAUUAUGGACAUUCUAUCAUGGCCUGUAUUUGGUGUACCAUAGCCCCAGGCCGAUCUGAGGACCUUUACAGCCACAGAUUCAUGAAUUUAGAGAUCAUUUGUACGUGUAAAUUUGUACAAAUCUUUUCAACCAAAACACGAACUGUUUAAGUUAUUGCCUUUUGUUUUAUAGGAGAUCCCACCCAAAACAUUUUCAACUUUGUAAAGGAUCCAUCUUUACAGUUAAUGUGUAAUCAAUAAUUUAUCAUAAGAGUUUGAUGAAAGAGGUUACAGUAGCCACCUGUGUUUGUAUCAAUAUUCAAUCUCAGUUUUUGCAUUUCGGAUUUUUGUAGCGAUGUUUAUGAAUCACAGUUAAGCAACAAGGCAAGCAAUCUAGCAGUGUUUGCAGUUUUCAUUAAGAUGUUUUUGAAGGCAAAACACCAAGAGGGUGUGUUAAUUAAUAUUACAAUCACACGGUAAAAAAUGAAGAAAUGAAAGGUGUUUGGAAGUCUACUUCCUUUACGUUAAAGGAACAGUUUGAUAUUUAGAGAAACAUGCUUUUUUUGUGUUCUUGCCUCAGGUGAGAUGGGAAUAUCGAUACCACUCAUGUCGUAACAAUAAAUAUUGGGGAUGUCACUGAUCAGCUGUUUAUCAGUUAUCAGCUGAUAAUGUUAUUUUUGACAGUGUAAGGGUGUCAGUCUAUAGGUUGUUUUUGUGACUUUUUAAUAUACUGCGCUGUGUUCCACCACCAGGGCCACAUGGAAGAUAGCUAGUGGCGCCUGACCCACAGUGGUGGAACAGUGUUGAUGCCGAAAUAUUGUGCUCACCCUCCAGUCUCCUCCCAGGUUGCCCCGAUGAGUAUACAGUUUAAUUUUAGGCCACAAAAUCCUAUUAGCAUUACUUAUGUUGACACCAUUAGUAGUGUCAGCACAGCUAGUAGUGCUAACAUAGUUUACAAUGCUAUGGGGUUUUGCAGCGCAAAAUUAAGCAUCUUACAAACCAGGGUUACCUGCAGAGAGAUUUUGCACCCGCUGGGGUUGGUGCGCGUAGCAGAGCAGCCAAGGCUUAUGUUAGUUAACCAGUGAAGAACGUAGGCUGAGCGGUGGGCACCACAUUUCUGAAUGUUAACACAGCUAAUCAGCUGUCUGUCAGCAAAGCCAACAGAAAAAUAAGCAAGACAUUCACUACACAAUACAUUAACCUUUUGCCACCUCUAAAUGGAUAGCUCUUUGAAUUGCAGCGCUUAAUCUCAGAGGCAAUUGAGUGCCAUACUUAAUGAAAGGCCUUUUAGUAUUCAUAUCAUUUAGCAUUUUUUCUUAGAAAUUACCAAAUUAGUUACUCGCUAAUGGAUGUUGGGUUAUUGAAAGCGAAAUUAACCAAAACUGACACCCCUAUCAAAUAAGGAGCUUAGCAUAAAGACUGGAAACAGAGGGAAACAGCUAGUAGUGUUUCUAAAGCUCACCAAUUAACACGUUAUAUCUUGUUUGUUUAAUCCGUACAAAAAAUAAAGUGUGGAACUAGCAAUCCAGGAAGUCAGUGGUUCAGCCAAGAAUUAGUCAGGUACAUAAACCACUUGGAAAAUGGAAAAUUGUUGCUUUUAAUUUCUGUACAAAUUGAACAAAACAGAGCCAGGUGUUUAUCUCUCUCCGGUCUCUACGCUAAGCUAAGCUAACCAGCUGCUGGCUGUUGCCCUAUAUUUUAUAGACAAAUAUGAGAAUGGUAUCGUUCUUAUCAUCCAUCCGCACACCAGAAAACAAACAAGCAUAGUUCUCCCCCAAAAAAUAUAUCUGUUGUGAACUGUGUUGUUCUUCUCUCUUCAAGUUUAUUGUUACAUGUCAACAGUUCCAGCGGCUCACGUGUACGCCACACUUGUACUUGUAAUUACUGAGAAGGUAUUAACAGAAUCCUGUGUAUGAGGUUCACCAUAGUGCACACAGUGUAGUUGUUUCACAAUAUUACUUCAGCUUUAUUUUUCUCUAAUCUCAUUUUAACUGGCAAGCACGCCUGUCCUCAAUCCUUUGCUGCUACUUCUCAACAGUUUUACAGAGGAGGCAGAUUUUUGUGAGGUCUUGCCAAAUUCUGUAAUUGUCCCAUAAACAUUUUUCAUCUUU